AUGAGUCAGUUCUAUAUCAACGACUCGCGCUCAAACACCCCCUCCUCAACCUCCUCAUCCGACGACGACGAUCCAAACACCCUCCCCUUCGCCGCCCCCCUCCCCCGCUCCGCCUUCCUCUCCCCCAACUUCUCCGCCCCAGCCUUCCUCUCCACCCUCUCCAACCGCCACCAAACCCUCGAAGACCUCCGCUCCGAGCUCCGCACCCGCUCCCAACUCCUCAACACUGAGCUGCUCGACCUCGUCAACAGCAAUUACCAGGACUUUCUCAACCUAGGCAACAGCUUGCAUGGCGGCGAGGAGAAGGUGGAGGAAGUCAGGGUCGGGCUGUUGGGCUUUGAGAAGGAAGUUGCGGCACUGAGGGAUGUGGUGGGGGCUAGGGAGGAGGAGGUGGCUGGGUUCCUAGAGGAGAGGAGAAGCGUGAGAGGCCACAUUGAGGCUGGAAGACGGCUUGUGGGGUUUGAGGAGAGACUGAGGGAGUUGGAGGGGGAGUUGGUUAUUGAGACGGCGGGCAGGGAGGCCAUUAUUGUUGGGGAGGAGGUGGAGGAUAGCGAUGAGGAUGAAGACGACGAGGACGACGAGGAAGAAGAGAAUGCGGGGGCUUAUGGGGUGUCAAUUGCAAAGCUGAGGAGGACGGUCAUGCAGUACCGGAUUAUCCUCGAGAUUCAGAAGAACAUGGAGGAGCAUCCGUUUGUUGUGGCUCAGGCGGCAAGGGUGGCCAAAGUGCGGAGUACAUUGCUGAUGGAUCUGAGCACGGCGCUGCAACAGGCCAAGAGUGCUGGUGCCCAUGGCUCGGGACGGGUUAUGAAGGUCAUGAAGAUUUAUGCGGACAUGGAGGAAUCAGCCGAAGCAGUCAAGCUUCUCAAGUCAUUCAAGGCAUAA